AUGCCACCACGGCUCAGAACCAUACGAUUGGCCUCGUCGCUCCUCCCCAUAUCGCAAAGAACAGCACCCCACCGGAUUGCCGCUCCCUUCCUCGCCCCGGCACAGCAACGAUGUGCAUCCAUUCUCUCCUCGCUCUCGGACAACAAGGGCGCCUACAAUAAGAAGAUCCGCCGUGGUCGUGGUCCUGCGUCUGGCAAGGGAAAGACAGGAGGACGCGGUCAAAAGGGUCAACAUGCGCACGGCAAAGUGCCCGCGGGCUUCGAAGGUGGCCAGACGCCACAGUCGAUCACUAACCCGGACAGAGGUCGGGGGAAGUACAACCCCUUCAAGGUUGAGAUGAGUCCUAUCAAUCUAGACCGGAUACAGUCGUGGAUUGACCAGGGGCGGUUGGAUCCGAAGAAGCCUAUUACGAUGAAGGAGUUGGCAAAGAGCAGGUGUCUGCAUGGGGUCAAGCGAAAUGGCGUGAAGCUGCUGGCACGGAAUGCCGAGCAAUUGACCUCGCCCAUCCACAUAAUUGUCUCUCGCGCCUCCAACGAUGCUAUCUCGCGUAUCGAAGCCCUCGGCGGCAGCGUAACCACGCGCUUCUACUCUCCCACGGCUAUCAAGCGCGUCCUACGCGGCGACACGCACCCCGUCAUCUCGCUGCAAGCCUCGUCAGACCUCAUCUCCCUCGCGGCAACAAACCCCGCCAUUGUCUCCUCGCCCAUCCUCUCAUCCCUCCAAUCCGCCACCAAAGAUGUGAACAAGGAAGCUAUGAUUGCAGUCAUGAAGCAAGUCGGGCAAAAGUACAAGUACAGACUGCCCGACGCGACGGCGAGAAAGGAUAUCGAGUACUAUCGCGAUCCUGCGCACAGGGGAUACUUGUCGUACUUGGUCAAAGAGGGAGAGAGCCCGAGUUUGUUCUUCAAGCCGCCGGGUGAGGCCAAGGACCGGAAGAAGCAGAGCGCAAGGCGGGAUGCGGCGAAGGCUAGUGCGGAUAACAGGCUGUUUUAG